GGAAGCAGUGCAGCAGCAGCAGCAGCAACAGCAGCAGCAGCAGCAGCAGCAACAGCAGCAGCAGCAGCAGCAACAGCAGCAGCAGCAGCAGCAGCAGCAGCAGCAGCAGCAGCAGCAACAGCAGCAGCAAUUCUUAGAUUUGAUUUGCCGCGCGAAGACAGGCACAGGCAAAACUUUGGCUUUUUGUUUGCCUUUGGUGGAAAAGUACUUUUCUGGAAAAGAGUCCAGCAGCAGCAGCAGCAGCAGCAGCAGCAGCAGAAGCAGCAGCAGCAGCAGCAGCAGCAGCAGAAGGGGCUUCCUGCGCAGAAAGGGCACUCCAGAGAUGAAGGUGCUGAUAGUGCUGCCGACGCGGGAGUUGGCGCAGCAGGUGUACGAACAGCUGCAGCAGCUGUCUGUGGGGCGCUUCAGCAGCAUUUGUCUCUUUGGGGGUUCUUCGGAGCAGCAGCAGCAGCAGCAGCUGCAGCAGCAAGCAGCAGAAGCUUGUGUCGGUACACCCGGGAGGCUUUUGGACUUCAUUCAAAGAGCUGUAGUGACACUCCAGGGUGUACAGACAGCUGUCUUGGACGAAGCAGACAGACUCCUCGAAAUGGGAUUUAAAGAUGACAUUGAAACCAUUCUCAACAGCAUCAACCAGCAGCAGCAGCAGCAGCAGCAGCAGCAGCAGCAGCAGCAGCAGCAGCAGCAGCGGGGUCCGAACAGCUUUCAGCUGCUGCUGUUUACUGCAACAUUUCCGCCUUGGGCUCAAAAGCUGUCGAAGGCUUAUUUGAAGAGCGACAGAGCCUUUGUGGACAUAACUGCGCUGCAGCAGCAGCAGCAGCAGCAGCAGCAGCAGCAGCCGGGAGCAGCAGCAGCAGCAGCAGCAACGAUAACGCACCUCGCGAUCCAGUGUCCGUACAGCUCGCGGGCCGCGGUGCUGCCGCUGCUGCUGUGGCUGUACGGGUCUGCUGCUGACUGGGGCGCAGCAGCAGCAGCAGCAGGGGCGCCGGCCGGCGCAGCAGCAGCAGCAGCAGCAGCAGCAGCAGCAGCAGCAGCGGGAGACGAGGGCCUGAGCGUGGUGUUCUGCGAAACGAAGCAGCAGGCGUGCGAGCUGUCGCUGCUGCCGGCGCUGCGCUGCUGCUGCUGCUGCUUGCACGGAGACAUGCAGCAGCAGCAGCGGGAAGCAGCUCUUGCUGCUUUCAAAAAAAAAGAAAUUAAAUGUCUCCUCGCUACAGAUCUUGCUGCUAGAGGUUUGGACAUAAAGUGUCUCCGUUUGGUGCUGCAGUUGUCUGCGCCGCGGGACGCUGCGGUGUACGUACACCGCGCGGGCCGCACGGGCCGCAGCAGCAGCAGCAGCAGCAGCAGCAGCGGCUGCAGCAUUUUGCUCUAUUCCCCCAAAGAUGCUGCUUUUCUUGCUGCUCUCGAAGCAAAAGAAAACUUUUCUUUCUACAGAGUCGGAGUGCCGCAGCAGCAGCUGCUGCUGCAGGCCCGCAGCAAAGCCAAGCUGCAGCAACUCUGGCCCUCCCUCUCCCUCGACCCCCCCCCCCAAGCAGCAGCAGCGCAGCAGCAGCAGCAGCAGCAGCAGCAGCAGGGGCUGCAGGCCAUCGUCGCCGCAGCCGCGCAGCAGCUGCUGCAGACCGAGCAGCCGCAGCAGCUCGUCGAGACCCUCCUGCUGCACCUGCUGCAGCCCGGCGCCGGCGCCCCUGCUGCUGCAGCAGCAGACACUGCAGCAGCAGCAGCAGCAGCAGCAGCAGCAGCAGCAGACAUCUCCGCACUCUCGGGAAGACCCGGCUUUGUCUCCUACACUUUGACUUUUAAACCUCCUCCGAAAGUUCCUUUAAAAGGCUCCAGUGCUUAUGUGUGGCGGGCGCUGAAGAGCAGCGCAGCAAAAGCAGCAGCAGCAGCAGCAGCAGCAGCAGGCACCCCAGCAGCAGCAGCAGCAGCAGCAGCAGAACAACUCAUCGACCAAAUCCAGGGAAUGACCCUCACACUCAAGGGAGACGGAGCUCUCUUCGAAGUCCCAGCAGCAGCAAAACAACAAUUCGAAGAGUUGCUGCUGCAGCAGCCCCACACUGCAGCAAACGCCCGCAGCAGCAAAGCCAGCAGCAGCAGCAGCAGCAGCAGCAGCAGCAGCAGCAGGGGGUUCGUGAUUGAGCUCACGCAGCACCUCCCCCCGCUGCAGGACGCCCUCUACUUGGCGAGGCAGCAGCUGCAGCAGCAGCAGCAGCAGCAGCAGCAGCAGCACAAGCUGAAGCUAACAAAUCCAAACCACAUUUCUGCCCGAGCACUGGCAAGAGGGGGGAAGGGCUUUUCAAGCUCCAAUAGAAGCAGCAGCAGCAGCAGCAGCAGCAGAUUCAGCAGCAGCAGCAGCAGCAGCAACAGCAGGGGCAGCUUUGGCGGCAGCAGCGGCAGCAGCAGCAGCAGAUUCGGCAGCAGCAGCAGCAACAACAGAUUCGGCAACAGCAGCAGCAACAACAGACUCGGCAACGGCAACAGCAGCAACAGAUCCAGCAGCAGCAGCAGCAGAUUCGGCAGCAGCAACAGCAGCAGCAGCAGCAGCAGCAGCAGCAGCAGCAGCAGAUUCGGCAGCAAGAGAAGCGAAGAAGACACAUUUAAAAAGAGGCAAUUUGGGGCCCCCAGGGCCGGCGAGCAGCAAAUAAAGAAACAGAGAAUGAAAUAA